CUGGAGGGAAACCGAAAAAAGGAUUUUCCGUCGUUUGUCCGAAGUAGAAUUGUAUGUCCGGCACCUGGAGACAGCCAUUCGAAGAUGUCCGCUUCCUGCCACCUUUCGCCUGAGAACGGCGAUGGCCAGUAUUUCUUCCGUGCUGGAGUCCCUAGCCGCUGUUUAUCGCCCGAGUUCGGAACGCUGCGCGUGGCAGCCCGCCUCCGCUUUUCUAGUCAAGUAUACCAACAGCUUGAUCCGGUCUUGCCGGAAGUUUCUGGUUCGAAACGGAAUUCCAAACGUCUUGAAUCAGAGGGAGGAGGAAUGGAUAGAGAAGAUCGACUCGUGUCUGACUCUGGCUCGAGAGUAUCGGCGAUAUUUCCGGGAGAUGAAAAAGUCACGCGGCGUCUUUCGGGACGUCAGCGAAACCUUGGUCUUCGCCAAUUUGGAUGAUUUUUGUCUUCUUCUGGAAAAGAUUCGAAAUAUCCCGGACCCGCUCCGUCGAUAUCCUGGACCAUUCGAUCGAGAAAAACGGGAAUUGCGAGAAGCCGCGGGUGGGUUAAAGAACGGCGUCAGACGUUCGGAGUACGUCUCCUACGAUACCUUCGACCCGGAUGACGCAAAUUUUGAUGCGGAUUGUGCCAAUUUGCUGGCCGCAGCGGAAGCCUUAAAGAAGCCAAAGGCCCGUUCCCGGACCGUCCCAUUCUUGACCGAAGCCGGUGAUGAACCCGGGCGAAUUCUUCGGUUCUACGACCGAGAGUUGGACCGGGUGUGUCGCCUCUUUGUAGAAUACCGGAGAAAACCUCCUACUCUGCGAGGCUUCUCUCGGAUUGCGGAAAGGAUAGCUUGGACUAAACGCCUGUCCGAGCGAAUCGAGGAACCCUUCCGGAGGCUGCCAGACUUCGAUGACGUUUUGCAGGGACGACAGGGAAAGGCCGUGCUGGAAAAGUACAAGUGCCUUGCCGGACAACUGGAACGUCACGCGGCUCUUCUUCACCGAACUUGGUUCGAACGAUUCUGUAGGAUGGAAGAUUUUCUGAAGGAACCCGUUUUGGUACAGGAUCCGCCGGGCACGGCGGAGGUUUCGGUGUACAAUGGUCGUCUAUGGAUUUUCCUGGCCGAAUGCGUUCAAAUUUCCCGAAUGAAGUUGGAAAUUCCGGAAGCGGGACGGAUUCUGAUGUCGAAGGAAGAGGAGCUGAAGAGAUGUCGUUACGUCAUUCAGAGAGCCUUGGAAGAAUACGCCGAAAUCAAAAGAAGCGUCCCGGAGAAGUUGCGACCGUUGACGGAACCCCAUCUGAAGAGGAUGGAAAGUUUGUGGCUGUGGGGAAUUCGGACGCAAUCGUGGGGCAGUCUGGCUUUGGAAUCCUACGCCCGCUCUUGCACCACCAACGUUGGACAAUUGCGCCUGCUAUUGUCCAGAAUCAAUUCACUGCUCUACGACAGGAUCGAAUCUAUGCUGGGAACACUAUCGGAUAUCCAAGUGUUAAAGUUUCCUACCCAUCGUUCGUUAUGCACCAAAGAAUUGAUUUCUGUUGCCGAGGUAUCAUGCCGAAACUCUAGCGAAUCCAUUCAACGACUCAACGUGUCGAUCGAGGAUUCAGUUAUGGAGUUGAUCGACGUCUGCCUGGAAGAUCUGGUUUCUCAGAUACACAACGAUAGACCCACCUUUCCGCAAAUGUCAUCCGAAUCCGCUCCCUUCGUCAGAAUGCCGUUUCCCGCAGACGACGAUUUCCUGCAAAAGACUGAAAGAGAAGCCGAUCUGCUGUUGGACAGUUUCGCCCUACGGACUAAGGAGACGGUGAGGGGACUCCUGCACCGCGCUCUGGAAUUCUUGAGGACGAUGUUGACUAGUCACCAUUCCACCGGAGAGAAGGAAUCUUCGUUUCUUUGUUUGGAAACGACCGUGGUUGACGGAGAAACAGGUUUCAAGUUGCACCCCAGUCUGACGUUGUUGCAGGGAGCCAUCGAUCGAAUAAUAUUCUGUCUUCUGGAAGCGGCCAAAGGAGUGUCGGAGUGGAAGAGGAAGCCUCGUGUUUGGUUGGCCGAAGAUAAAGACUACGACCAAGUGUCGCUGUUCGACGACCGAAGUCAGUUGGUGGCCAGGUCCAGAGCUCCUUACGCCAGCAGUCUAUUCGAGUACGUGGUCGGAGAUGGAGAAAUGACAGAAUCAAGGACAGCCCUUUCCACCUCCGUCCUUUUACUUAAAGAGGAGACGGACAAACAAUUGGCCCGUUUCUCGCUUUUCCGAGAUCUUCUUUACGUUUCGGACAAGCGAUCCGAGACGAAGACGUUUCUGGCUUCUCGGCCCUCCUUGCACGAUUUCAGAGAUAAGAUGAUGUACUACAAAGAUUUGGAGGAAAAGAUUUUGCUACUUCCGGACGCCGUAGAGGUUAAAUGUCUCAAUCUAGUGACCGAACAAGCGAAGAAGCGUCUGGCAGAAGAAGCAAAGCGCCGGUAUGUCGAGUACGGAACCAUCUGCAAGGACGAGUACAACGCCAGGGCCAAGUCCAUCGUUCGCACUGUUCGAGAUCUGAUCGGGCGAAUGAGUCGUUCCGUUCACGACACCGACGAUGCGGAAGAGGUGUUAGAGGCUCUGGCUCGAGCCAGAGACUUACGGAUCGACAUCGAAUUGGACAUCGGUCCGAUCGAGGAAUGCUACGGUUUGAUGAACCAAUUUGGGAUGGUGGUAAAGAGAGACGAAAUAGAGAGGGUGGACGUUCUACGCUAUUGGUGGACCAAUCUGAACGACUGUGUGACGCGAACGGAGAACGGUCUGGAAACUUUGCAGUCGCAAUUCGCUCUUCGAGUGGAAGAAAGUCUGACCCAAUUUUUACUGGAUUGCGACGAUUUCUGUCUCGAAUACCUGGAGAUAGAUAACGGAAGCUCAUCCAGAUGUUCCAACAUCUUUGCUGAACCAAAUCACCCUAUCUGUGAUAAACAGCUGGACGUGCUCCACUUCUGA